CUUAUUGCAACCACUUUCACAAAUUUCCGACAAAGAGUCACGGCAUGUACGCGUCGUGGGAUGUCCGGUUUUGACCACACCUGCGUGUGAUGAUGAGAAACUGAUAACGAAUGCACUGAUUUGUACCAGCAAAAUCAAGGAUCCGGAGAAUCAUCUAAUACGAUUCUGGUGCACACUGCAUGUAGCGAAUCAUAUAUUAAUGGGCUUGCUUCCCUACUUCUGACUGUCUUUUUUUACUUACUGGGUUAUUCCCAAGGACGAUUAAGUCCACCACCCGACCGGUCACCGCGGGGCAGAGUCACUGAUUUGAACUUUAGUUUGCUUCUCUUGAGCUACAUAACCAUUUGCUACCUUGGACUCGUCCCCGUUCUCUUCCUCGUUAUAGAAUUCAUCAUUCGCUAUGCCAGGAGGACCGUUGAACAUGCCCAGAAGAACUUCUCAGAUGUUGCGCUUCAUAGUCGUAGGAGGGAGCAUCGCAGGCGUCGCUUGCGCAUACGCGUUACAAGAAGCGGGGCACCAAGUAUUGGUUAUCGAGCAAGGCGAUGGGAGGUGCAAUAGUCGUGGCGGAAUACGAUCUCCACCAAAUAUGACGCGCCUGCUGAAUCAUUGGGGGCUCGGACCUGCUAUCGCCCGAGUUUCAACAAAGGCCAACAGGUUCACUUUCAUGGACGGCAAAUCUGGGGAAGAACUCGGUCCGCUCGUGCUCCACGACAAGCUCAUGAAGGCGUUGGCGGCGGAUUUUCUAUAUAUACAGCAUGGUGCGGUGCACGCGAUGUUCGUUGAGUUUGCCAAAAAUGCUGGCGUCCAAUUCCGGUAUAACACGGAGGUCGUCUCGGUCGAUCCGUGGAAGGGCGUUGUGACUACGCGCAAGGGCGCUAAAUUGUCUGCGGACGUGAUUGUAGGCGCGGAUGGGUACAAGAGCAUCGUGCGGUCUGUGGUGGUUGGUCCUGAAGGAAUGAAUGGCGUUUUGGACAAACGCGUAUCGGUGAACAUCACCGUGCCCACAGAUCUGAUGCGGCAACACAAGGAUCUUGUUAAAUUAACGGUUUCACCGGAGUGGUCGCUAUGGCUGGGUAAUGAUUGCGCGAUGCAUGGGCUGCUCACCGUUGAUCCCCAGUCAUCCAAGAAAGAAUAUGCUAUAGUUAUGCAUGUUCCUACGGAAGGCAGACCAGCACCGGAUUCAUGGGCACGGUCACAGCCUUUGGAUGAGAAGUUCUUGAAGCUGGACCGCUUUGAACCUAGAGCACAAAAGCUAGUGAGACUUGCGCAGACUAUGACUCCGACCGGCCAUACUAUCUACGAACCCUUUGAUAACUGGGUCCACGAGAGCGGAAGGGUAGUGCUGGUUGGUGAGGCCGCCCACCCAUUGAUGCCCAACGGGUCGCAUAAUGCUGCAAUGUCGAUAGAGGAUGCCAUGACAUUAUCGACUCUCUUUUCUCUCCCAGCAACUAAAUCGCAUACGCCCCUUCUCCUUUCCGCUUACGAAGAACUGCGGCAGCCACGUUGCGCUGCAACACAAUCUUCUGAACUACGGAAACGAGAUUUCGUAUGCUUGCCCUUGGGUCCUGAACAGCAGGCUCGUGAUGUCGGUUUGCGAGAUGCAAGCAAGCGUGCGUUGCUCGACUGGGACGAAGCAGAAGAAGAAUUUUUACGUGACACAUGGGAGGAAUACAUCGACCUAUUUGCUUUUGACGCUCGAGAGGCGGUGGAGGACUGGUGGACGAAAUGGGGACCGACUAUCUCGCGCCCGCAGAUGGUAGAUUCUCGAAUAGAGAGCGUGGCGGGGAAGUUUGAGUCGCUACAUCUGAAGGUGGAUGUUUUGCGGGAGGCAGUAGCAUGACUUGGAGUGCUUCUGCAGGAUGACGAAGGAUCUAACGAUACUUAUACCAUGGACACUAUUUACCCCACGACGACUCAGACUGGUCUCAAGGACAAUCAAUUCAAAUGCUCGCGUCUCCUUGCUUUCAUAUCACCAUCAUGUAUUUCCACUGUCAUACGGGAUUUAGACGUAGUCUCUGAUCGUCCGUCUUAUGUUGUUGCUACAAUACUGCAACUUGUUGUCUGUUUACCAA